UCGGCCUCGCCGGGCGUCGCCUCGGACUUUACGGCGCUGCCGUAAAGCCGACCUCUCCACUGUCGCGAUGCUGCCGCGUGUCGCGAAAUCUAGUGCGCGCGGACCAUGGCGGCUCUGCGGCCCGGAAGCAGAGCCCUUCGCCAGCCUCUCUGCCGCUCCUUCGCCGGCGGCGUCGGUCGGCUGGCCGGUGAGCGCGCUACGGAGCGCAGGGAUGCUGCGUCCAGCCCGGUCUCAAGAUUCUGCCCUCCGGCACAGUCCUGCUGUGAUUGGAUAGGACCCCCAGAUAAAUACUCGAACCUUCGACCUGUUCAUUUUCACAUCCCUGAAAACGAGUCCCCCUUGGAACAAAGGCUCAGAGAACUGAGACAAGAAACACAAGAAUGGAACCAGCAGUUCUGGGCCAACCAGAAUUUGUCUUUUAAUAAGGAAAAAGAAGAAUUCAUUUACUCAAGACUGCAAGCUAAAGGCUCAGGCCUGCGGACCAAGUCAGGUCAGAGAGCAACACUGGAUGCAGAGGAGAUGGCUGACUUUUAUAAGGAGUUUCUGAAUAAGAAUUUUCAGAAGCACAUGUGCUAUAACCGAGACUGGUACAAGCGUAAUUUUGCCAUCACUUUCUUCAUGGGGAAAGUGGCCCUGGAAAGGAUGUGGAGCAAGCUGAGGCAGAGACAAAAGAAGACAGGCAGUUAGGAGCCCUGCAGGACGUGGCCCACCAGCACCCAGAUCCAUCUGUGAGGGCUCUGGAAAUU